AGUUACUUUGACAAAAGACAAAAGUGCAUUUUUAAAAUCACUCUAGUCAACGAUUUGAUUGUUUAGUAUCUUCAUCUUGGGAUUGUUCAAUCAUAGCUCUCUAAGCUGAGCUCUCGUUCUUACAACCUUGCUAAUGUUAGAAGUUUCCAAUCACCUAACCCGAUACUAGUAAGCAGUGCUGGAUCUCUUGCUCGGUUUUAUCAUAAUCUGCAGAAUGACGAAUUGAAUUUGUCAAAAUUAAUGUGGAGAGAAAUUUGACAGUUCGUCCUGCUAUUUUCAUUGCCAGUCGUUCCUCUGCCUCGUACAUGGAGCUGCUUUAUGACUUCAACUUCACAUGAGAUUUGAUAUUGAGAAUCUGGACCACUUGCCGAUACUGAUGUAUUUACUAAUAGCACUGGCCUCUGCUGCAGUAUGUCUCAUUACAGUGCUGCGAGAAAAACUAAUCGCAGGCCCUCGUUCUCAUUCUCUGCACCUGCUCGGCGUGAGAAUACGAGACAGGGAUCUUUGUUCGUGUUUGGAGAUUCUUCGGCAGUGGAAGUGGAGAGUUCAGACUAUGAAGGCAUUGAGAUGCCUGUUUUAUCUCACCGAAAAGGAAAUAAGGCCACUACACCUGACGUUGUUGACCAGAAAUCUAAGUUUCAGUUCGUAUACAGAGAUUUGGCGCCUUCAGACACACUGGCUAGCCUCUCUCUUCAAUAUGGAUGUCCGGUCGCUGAAAUCAAGCGGGCAAAUAACAUCUACACGGAUCAGGAUUUUCAUGGACGUGUUCAGUUGCGCAUCCCCGUUCCGGUCCAUAGUCUUAUGACAGAUCCUAGUGAACAGGCUAGGAUGCAGCCUGCACCGGGAACUAGCUACAAAGACUUACCAAACGGAACGGACGAUUAUCCUGAACUAGAGGAUCACAUGGAUGAUGAUGACGAUGGGUAUGCUAGGACGUCAGCUUUGAAAUCUGCGGAUGAAGCGCAAAAGCUCUUGAAGCGCCUUGAUGAGGACCUUUCAUCAGUCAAGCAACAAAUCGAAGAUGAAGAUGGCGUGUUACACGAUGAACAAUCUCAGCUCAUGUCUCGUGUUGCUCCCAACCCGGAAGCUACUGCCAUUGCACCGUUGUCUGAAUCCACUGCCGUGAAGCAGAUGGAGUAUGCUACAGUAUGUGGCCUGUCCUGGCGGCACAUGAUUAUUGUUGGCAUCAUUGUCAUUACUGUCCCAAUUUUGGGUGUAAUUUAUAUCGUGAAGCAUCGCAACAUUUUCCCGGCUCACUGGUUUGGCCGUUAACCUCUCCCUUCUUUCUCUCAUCACGGUAUUGGGCGUCACUCAGCCGCCAUGGUUUUAUUGUCAAUUCAUUGUUUUCUGUCGCUUUCCUAGCUCCGUAUACCGGCACGUCUCAGUUGUAUCUGGAAUACAAUGGCCAAUGUGCACGUCUAUGUAAUGCAAUGUAUCCUGAAAUUUAUAUCUCCUAGCUACUUUUAUUCAGUUCCGGCGUGACUUCGUCCUCUACUCUCUGCUGUAUCUAUUGUUGAGUAUUUCUGGGUACAUAUUAUAUGUACAGCAUUUGCUGCUGCUUGAUGUUCUCCUCUGGCCUACUUCCGUGGAAAGAUAAGGGCCUUUUAAUUUUCAUUGUCUUACUAGCAUUUCCAAGUUCCCUUUCCCCAUUUCCAUACCUUUAACGUUUCAGGCUGGGAUCAAACCUGUCUGCAGUUCUUAUACAUGGUCAUCACAAAGUCAUGAAAAUAUGUACAUUCUUUUACUUCAACUUCAAGUAGCAUACUUUUGGUCUUCCAUUGGUGGAUUGGUGUUGAUCAUAAUUAUUCAUAUCUACAUGUACCAGUACUACUAG